UAUAAAGUAAAUUUUAAAAAGCAAUCAAAGAAGAAAGAGAUACAGAAAAGAGCAGAAAUCCCAAAAUGGGAUGGGAAAAUGAGUUUGAAGUCUUCCUGUUUGAAGGGAAAUGGAUAUGAAAGGGGCAGGCAGCAGAUGGGCAGAUCUCUGCUAGCCAGAUUAAAGGAGGUUUGGAUUAUGCGAGUGGAAGGCAGCACUAUUUUGCUAUUGACCAAUUUUCUUGCACGGCUCUUAAGCAGAGGCUCUAAGAGGAAUCAUCCAUGCACACAGUCUCAAUUUAUUAUGACAUGGUUCCUUUGCUUGUAUAUGUGAGCACAAAGCCCAGUAGCCCACUUUGGUCUCUUCAGCCUUCAAUCUACUUGGACCAUGGGUUUUUUUAAUGCAUUUCUGUGAUGCUGGGUCCUGACUAAAAUGCUAACAGGGAGGUCAGCAUGUACAUAUCCAUACAGAUCUGGCCCUUUGUUGAUUUGUGCACAGUCUGCUUGAAAUGUGAGCAAAGCAGCUCGGACAUCCUCUGCCUGGGGGAAAACUCCAGCUGGAGCAGGGCUGGAGCAUCACAAAGAGCCCGGGUGUUCUCUGGUAUGACACAAUGUGUACAUUAUAAUUAAAAUACUCAGAUGCUCCAAAACCAUCCUGUGUGCUACAACUGGUGUUGACGUUAUCAGUUGAGGUCUUCUCUGGCCUCUUCAAAGCAAGGACCUUCAGCGCUCCUUGGGGAUCCUGAAAGGCUGUUUGGGAUUCAGCCUCACCAGUGCCUUUCUCUGUACAAGAUUGGUAGCCAGCUGCCAGAUUGCCUCCUCUCCACCAGUUUCACGUAUGCAACAGAUGAGAGCAAACAUUUCUAUUGAAACAGACAGUAGAUUUUUAAAGAGGCUGGUGAGGUACCUGCAUUAUUCUUUCACACUCGGCAGCACAUGCUGUUGUGCUCCAUGCCAUUGUUGCAUGACAUUCCGUUUGGCACAGGGUUUAUUUUUAGCCAGAGACUAUCAGAGUGUUUUUCAGCAGGACCGUCUCUGCUCCUGAGCAAGGAAUCAUAUUACUGCAAGAACUUUGCUGAAACAAAGAAGAUAUAUUGAACAAAUGGGGAAUUACAAAUCUAGACCAACCCAAACCUGCACUGAUGAAUGGAAGAAGAAAGUCAGUGAAUCGUAUGCUAUAAUCAUAGAGCGAUUAGAAGAUGACCUGCAAAUCAAAGACAAGGAGCUGGCAGAACUGAAGCAUGUUUUUAGCUCUGAUGAAGCCUUCUGCAAAGUCAAUUUAAAUUACCGCACAGAUAAUGGGCUCUCUCUUCUUCACUUAUGCUGCAUAUGUGAGGGUAACAAAUCACAUAUAAGAACUCUUAUGCUAAAAGGACUGCGCCCAUCCAGAUUAACAAGAAAUGGAUUUACUGCUCUGCACUUGGCAGCUUAUAAGGACAACGCAGAACUCAUAACAGCGCUGCUGCACGGCGGAGCUGACGUUCAGCAGGUUGGAUAUGGAGCCCUGACAGCCCUUCACAUUGCCACCAUAGCUGGGCAUCACCAGGCUGUGGAUAUUCUUUUGCAGCAUGGAGCUUAUGUGAAUGUUCAGGAUGCGGUUUUCUUCACCCCGUUGCACAUUGCUGCAUAUUAUGGCCAUGAACAGGUAACUCAUCUCCUGCUGAAGUUUGGAGCUGAUGUGAAUGCAAGUGGGGAAGUUGGAGACAGGCCUCUUCAUUUAGCUUCUGCCAAAGGCUUUCUCAAUAUUACAAAGCUCCUGAUGGAAGAAGGAAGCAAAGCUGAUGUGAAUGCCCAGGACAACGAAGACCACGUUCCUCUGCACUUCUGCUGUCGAUUUGGGCACCACGAAAUUGUCAAGUUCUUACUGCAUAGCAGCUUUGAAGUCCAGCCCCACGUGGUUAACAUCUAUGGAGACACACCGUUACACCUUGCUUGUUACAGUGGGAAGUUUGACGUGGUCAAGGAAAUGAUCCAACUCUCAGGAACAGAAAGUCUCACAAAGGAGAACAUCUUCAGUGAAACGGCUUUCCACAGUGCUUGCACCUAUGGAAAGAACAUAGAACUUGUGAAAUUCCUUCUCGACCAGAAUGUUGUAAGCAUCAAUCACCAGGGAAGAGAUGGACAUACAGGACUGCACUGUGCUUGCUACCAUGGCCAUAUUCGUCUGGUGCAGUUUUUGCUGGAUAAUGGAGCUGAUAUGAAUCUGGUCGCUUGUGAUCCCAGCAGGUCCAGUGGAGAAAAGGAUGAGCAGACCUGCUUGAUGUGGGCUUAUGAGAAAGGUCAUGAUGCCAUUGUGACCCUUCUGAAGCACUACAAAAGGCCUCAGGAUGAAUCACCCUGUAACGAAUACUCGCAGCCUGGAGGAGAUGGUUCCUAUGUGUCAGUUCCAUCCCCUCUGGGAAAGAUUAAAAGCAUGACUAAAGAAAAGGCAGACGUGCUCCUCCUCCGUGCUGGUUUGCCAUCGCACUUCCAUCUUCAGCUCUCUGAAAUAGAGUUCCAUGAGAUCAUUGGCUCAGGGUCUUUUGGAAAAGUAUAUAAGGGGCGAUGCAGAAAUAAAAUCGUAGCAAUUAAACGCUAUCGAGCCAACACCUACUGCUCCAAGUCUGAUGUGGACAUGUUUUGCCGUGAAGUUUCCAUUCUCUGUCGACUGAAUCAUCCAUGUGUCAUCCAGUUUGUUGGGGCGUGUUUGGAUGACCCAAGUCAGUUUGCUAUUGUCACUCAGUACAUUUCUGGAGGGUCGCUCUUCUCCCUGCUUCAUGAACAAAAGAGAACUCUUGAUCUGCAGUCUAAGUUGAUAAUUGCUGUAGACGUCGCCAAAGGAAUGGAGUACCUCCACAACCUCACACAACCUAUCAUACACCGUGAUUUGAACAGUCACAAUAUUCUGCUGUACGAGGAUGGACAUGCAGUUGUUGCUGAUUUUGGAGAAUCAAGAUUUUUGCAGUCCCUGGAUGAAGACAACAUGACAAAACAGCCUGGGAACCUGCGCUGGAUGGCCCCCGAGGUGUUCACUCAGUGCACGAGGUACACCAUCAAAGCGGAUGUGUUCAGCUAUGCUCUGUGUCUCUGGGAGCUGCUAACCGGCGAAAUUCCAUUUGCUCACCUAAAGCCGGCGGCGGCGGCGGCAGACAUGGCGUACCACCACAUCCGCCCGCCCAUCGGAUACUCCAUCCCCAAACCCAUCUGCGCGCUGCUGAUGCGGGGCUGGAACGCCUGCCCGGAGGGUAGACCAGAAUUCUCAGAAGUGGUCACAAAGUUAGAAGAAUGUCUGUGCAACAUUGAGUUGAUGUCUCCAGCUUCCAGCAACAGCAGUGGUUCUCUGUCUCCCUCCUCGUCCUCAGACUGUCUUGUUGCCCGUGGAGGACCUGGCCGCAGUCACGUCGCAGCACUACGCAGUCGUUUUGAGCUGGAAUACGCUUUGAAUGCAAGAGCUUACGCUGUCUGGUCACAGAGCACUGGGCAACACCCUUCUCAGAGUCUGUCUUUGGAUGAUAUGAGGAGAAACUUCCAGUACCCUCCAAUUGACAAAAACGGUUACGUGUCAGAUCCCAUGAGUACCAUGAGGUUUCACUCCUGCAGUAGCAGCUUCGAGGAAAGCAGCUGACAGGACCCUGCCUUCCUGCAGAGAGCUGCCAGGACCUGAGCAGCAAGAGUCAGACCGGGCAGCCCAGAACAGAACCACUCCAUCUGCUGGUGGUGAGCAUCCCCAUGAUGAGCUUUGUGCCAUCACCUGCUGCUGCUGACAUGGAGGAGGCAGCUUCUUUUGACUGUGUGUAUCUGCUUUUAACAAAGCUUUUACUAAAAUCAUAUGCUUCAGUUUUUCAGUAACAAAAAAAGUAACACAGGCACUCCAAAACAAACCUUUAAGCAGAAGGAAAACCUGAAAUGAAGUCGUCUUAGGAAACAGAACACAGAGCAGGGAAAUGGACUGUACUUACAUCCAUACCAAUAUGUGCCCAACUACAGCUGCUUUGUACCAUCUCCUGGUAACAUAUGGAUAGCAGACACUUGAAAAGAACAGGAAAAACUUUUACAGGCUGAAAAGCUCUUUACCUGGCCAAGUGCUUGUAAACAACUUUACUGGUAAUUAAAAUAGCUGGCUCCUUGUAGAAAGCAAUGUUUUUGUUAAUUGGUCUCUACAAAAGACGCACCAGGGUUCAGGGGAAAGCAUGCUGUAUAGCAGUGAUCAUUUACCAAUACAAAUGAGAACUCCGCAAAAUGUAAAUUACUGAACAAAAUCACACAGAAUCACAGACUGUCAAAGAGUGGAAGGGUUCUAAAAGGAUCAUCCAGUCCAACCCCUCUGGCAGAGCAGGAACAGCUAGAUCAGGUCACACAGAAAUGCAUCCAGGCAGGUUUUGAAUGUUUCCAGAGAAGGAGACCCCACAAGCUGUCUGGGCAGCGUUCUGUUACUCUCACUGUGAAGAAGUUUUUUCUCACAUUUAUGCGGAACCUCCUAUGGCCGAGUUUGCACCCAUUGCCCCUUGCCUUGUCAUAACAUACCCUAAAAGUCAUUUGCAGGAAUGGAAUUCACUUGUGCCAUUCCCUGAGAAGUCCAAGAAACGUGCUGAAACAAAACACUGAGGUUUCUUGUCCUACUUUUAAGAACAGCAGAGCCCGUAACCACAGCGAUAUUUGAGAUUGUUACACUGAGGACAUACAUACCAGGAAUAGAUGAUCUACAGCAAAACAAACCAGCAUCCCAGCAAGCGAGCCAUACCUCCCCCCGACACACAGCCUGGUACCCACACCUGGCGUGCCCUGCUGGAGCCCAGCACAGCAAGAGGACCUGGGG